AUGAUCCCCGCAAAACUGCAGAUCACGUUGGCCAUGGCAGCCCUUGGUCUUUUCGGCCUUACCCAGGCUCAAAAGAGCAUUGUAACCGAACUGGACUUUCCUGGGCCAUCUAGUCAACGGCAGUUGGUGGCUUCUGUAGUCAAAGUGGAUCCAACGGCGACGGUAUUUGACCUGAAGUGUGCUCCGGGGUCCGACAAAACCAAAUGCAGCAUUGACGGGGAUAUAAGCUACACCAAAAUGCCGCCAAGCCUAGCAAUGCGCUACGAUGGGGAGGGUGACAAUGGACCCGUAAGAUACUCAAUGGAGUGCAAAAUCGAAGCCGCAUCAGCCGACUGCACCAAUCUCGUGCUAGUUUCUGAAACAGGCAAAGGCAUGGUCACCAAAUUAUCAUCAUCUACCCAUAUCCCCACCGCCAAAUAUAUUGUUCCUUUGAAAGUCACAAUUACAGCCGGCCUGGAGAAGCUCAAAGGCGCUACCGCGACUCCAGCACCCACCGGCGGUGCGAGUGUUUCGCCGACUGGGACCAAUGCACCCACCACUGACAGCAGCAGCGCUUUGGCAAUGCCGUUAGCCACACAUGCGGCCAACUGGGGCGCUAUCGGUGGUGCGGCCGUGGCGGUUGCGGCUUUUGUUUUGUGA